AAGAGUGAUAGGAUACGACGGCCAAUGGGCAGGAUAGUGGGCGAGGCAGUGGGGGUUGUUGCGUGACGCGAAACUGCAGGAAAGUGAGUGGGCGGGGCUGGAGGUAAAUGAGUGACGGAGCAAUGCGGCCUAUGAGAGGGAGAGAGGGCGGGGCUGGGUGUAGCAGUGACUGGAGGCUCCGGCCUAUGGGCAGUGAGUGGGCGGGGCUGCUCCUGGUUGCUGAGUUACCGUGGUAGUCACUACCCAUAAUCCCAUGCGCUAGGGGACACUGACGAUUACUCGGAAAUAUCGCCCCGCCCACUUCCGGUACACAUCCCUCUGUGUCCACGGUGUGAUCUCGGUUGGUUCUAUAUCGGAGGGGCUGAAGGGACCUUGUGACGUAACUAGGGGAGGAGCUACGUCACCAGGGGGUGGAGCUACGGGCGAACAGGGUACCCGAAAAGUACCCUCGCGGGCUCGCUUCGCUCACCACCUAAUUACUAAAGGUAAUAGUUGGUGGCGUGGACAGUACAGGAACUAUCCCGCUGGCGUAGCUCCUCCCCCUUGUGUCGUAACUCCUCCCCCAAAUGGAAAAGGUCCCUUAGCCCACUUGAUUCUAGCAGCUACCGUGUGAUCUCUCCUGCCGCCUCAUCCUCCAGGAUUACACAGUGGUGAAGAAGACGCCCAGCUAUCCCCACGUGUCAGGAGUAACACCAGGGGACGUGUCUGGGUGAUGACUGGAGAGGAGGGGGAGUAUAUAGAGGAACACAGGGGUCUGUACAAGGACGUGAUGAUGGAGAAUCACCGGCCCCUCACAUCACUGGAUGGGUCCAGUAACAGAGAUACCCCAGAGAGAUGUCCCCGUCCUCUGUAUUCCCAGGAUUGUACAGAGGAGAAUCACAGGAUCCCACAGGAGGAUCAGGUAGAACGUGUGUCUGAUAUUAAAACAGAAAAUAUAGAGGGAGAAGAAGAGAAGUAUCUAACUGUUAUAAAGGCAGAAGAUAUAGAGGGAGAAGAGAUGUAUCUAACUGUUAUAAAGGUAGAAGAUACAGAGGAAGAAGAAGAGACGUAUGUGACUGAUAUGAAGGCAGAAGAUAUAGGGGGAGAAGAAGAGACGUAUAUGAAGGGUGAUAAGCAGUGUAAGGAGGAGGAGAUCCCUACAGAUAUCAGCACAGAUGGACACACAAACAGGAAUAUCUCAGAAGGACAUCUAAUGUUAUCCCCGGAUUGUGACAUAAAAGAUGACAGUAGACAGGAUUCUCCAGGAGCUAACCCCAUUACCCCAAUUAUACAUCCAGCUCUAUCAGCUGAUCCCUCUGAUCCUGGGAAAUGUUCUCCUGAUCACUCUGAUAUUGGUGCAUCUGUUACAGCUCUGACAGUAGAUACAGUGUUUCCCUGUUCUAUAGAUGCCAAAUGUGUUACAGAGAAUACAAAGCUUAUUACCCAUCAGCCUGCUAAGGCAGGUGAGAAGCAAUUUCCAUGUUCUGAGUAUGGAAAAUGUUUUACAUACAAAUCAGGUCUUGUUACACAUCAGAGAAGGCACACAGGUGAGAAGCCAUUUUCAUGUUCUGAGUGCGGGAAAUGUUUUACCUGGAAAUCACAACUUGUUACACAUCUGCGAAGUCACACAGGUGAAAAUACAUUUCCAUGUUCUGAGUGUGGGAAAUGUUUUACAUAUAAAUCACAACUUGUAAUACAUAAGAGAAUACAUACAGGUGAGAAACCAUAUUCCUGUUCUGAGUGUGGGAACUGUUUUACAUACAAAUCAACUCUUGAUGCACAUAAGAGAAGUCACACAGGUACAUCACCAUUUCCAUGUUCUGAGUGUGGUAAAUGUUUUGCACAAAAAUCAGAUCUUGUUAGUCAUAACAGAAGUCACACAGGUGAGAAGCCAAUUCCUUGCUCUGAGUGUGGGAAAUGUUUUGCCCGGAAAUCACAACUUGUUAUACAUCACAGAAGUCACACAGGUGAGAAGCCAUUUUCUUGCUCUGAGUGUGGGAAAUGUUUUGGCCGGAAAUCAGAUAUUGUUAGACAUCAGCGAAGUCACACAGGUGCGAGGCCAUUUCCAUGUUCUGAGUGUGGAAAAUGUUUUGCACACAAAUCAGAUCUUGUUAUUCAUCAGAGAAAUCACACAGGUGAGAAGCCUUUUUCUUGCUCUGAGUGCACGAAAAGUUAUACUAAGAAAUCAGAACUUGUUACACAUCAGAGAAGUCACACAGGUGAGAAGCCAUUUCCAUGUCCUGAGUGUGGGAAAUGUUUUUCACACAAAAAAGAUCUUUUUAUACAUGAGAAAAGUCACACAGGUGAGAAGCCAUUUUCUUGCUCUGAGUGUGGGAAAUGUUUUUCACUCAAAUCAGCUCUUGUUAUACAUCACAGAAGUCACACAGGUGAGAAGCCAUUUUCUUGCUCUGAGUGUGGGAAAUGUUUUAGACAGAAAUCACAUCUUGUUACACAUCAGCAAAGUCACACAGGUGAGAAUCAAUUUCCAUGCUCUGAGUGUGGGAAAGGUUUUGCACACAAAUCAGCUCUUGUUGUACAUCAUAGAAAUCACACAGGUGAGAAGCCAUUUCCAUGUUCUGAGUGUGGGAAAUGUUUUGCACACAAAUCAGCUCUUGUUAUACAUCACAGAAGUCACACAGGUGAGAAGCCAUUUCCAUGUUCUGAGUGUGGGAAAUGUUUUACACACAAAUCACAAUUUGUUACACACCAGAGAAGUCACACAGGUGAGAAUCCAUUUCCAUGCUCUGAGUGUGGGAAAGGUUUUGCAGACAAAUCAGCUCUUGUUGUACAUCAUAGAAGUCACACAGGUGAGAAGCCAUUUCCAUGUUCUGAGUGUGGGAAAUGUUUUGCACACAACUCAGCUCUUGUUAUACAUCACAGAAGUCACACAGGUGAGAAGCCAUUUCCAUGUUCUGAGUGUGGGAAAUGUUUUACACACAAAUCACAAUUUGUUACACACCAGAGAAGACACACAGGUGAGAAGCCAUUUUAAUCUUCUGGAGUAUACUCAUCAUUGCCAUGCGUUGUUCUUCAAGGUUCUUAUCCUAUCUUCUAUGCUUUUUGCAAUAUACAUGCUACUGCAUGGUGAAAUAAUCAGAUGUCAUGCCUUCAUCUACCACUGCUAUGCAGAUGAUCUGUCUUUUGCUCCAGAUACUGAGAACCCAGUACCAAUCCUAAAUGGUUGUCUAGCUGAGCUCCAGGUGUGGGUGAUGCCAGUUGGCUGUGACUCAGUCCUGGUGAAACAUGUCCUUAUGGUAGAAGCUCACCAACAAAGGGCAGGGCUACAGCUCAGCUUUGCAAACCAACCAGACUUACACUUGGGGGUUUAGAGUUACAAAAUGCUGAUCCUUUGCAGAAUCUUGGUGUCCUGGAUGGUUAAGUGACACUUAGACAUCAGGUAUCAGCCACAAUCAGAUCCUCAUCUGAGGAACAUAGCCAGACUCCAGCACUUAUUUCCCUCAGAAGAUCUACCUACAGUCAUACAUGUACUUGUAUCAUCACGCAGACUACUGCAAUGUCCUCUACCUAGGUCUCCCAGCAAAAGAAUGACAGAGCUUGUAGCUUGUGGAGAAUGCAGCAGCCAGGCUGUUACCUAACCAGCCCGUUCCUGCCACAUAACACCCAUUCUAUGCUCCCUUCACUGGCUGCCUGUAAGAUGGUGACUCAGGGCCUAAUUCAGGUUUGAUCGCAAUGUGUGAUCCAAACGGAAUUAUUGAGAAAAAGUUGCGGGCGCAUCCACUGCGCCCAUCCCGUGCAUGCAUCUGCAUUUUCUGCAGAGGGGACGCAGAAAAUGUGAUUGCCUGUCAGUCAGAGGCAGUCAUGGGGGUGGGCGGGCAAUGUUCCAUUUUCAGGGAGGAGACGGAUCGGUGCGGGGGCAGUGUGGCGCGAACGGAGGGCAGAGGUGGACAAACGGGCAUGAUCACGGCUGUGUGACAUCACAUGCAGCCGCCGUGAUCAAGAAGAAUGCAGCGGGCCUCCUGCGCAAGCAGCGGCAGCAGGAGGCUUCACUAAUUUCUACGAUAAAGCAGAAAUUGUGAGGCAAUCGCAAUUUCUGCUUCAUCAAGGGGGGAGGCAGUGGUCAGCAUGCUGGGUGGCCUUGCGAUGGGCGGCCCCUAGCAUGCUAGGAAAAGGAUUGCUAAUUAGCAGCAUCUGCUAUCCUUACUGAAUUUAAACCCUCUAUUAAGUAAUCUUACUGAGUCCCAGCCUUGCAUGACCAUAAUACCAGAAGCAGCUGCUGCCUCCGUACUGCCUGGGUUUCUUCCAUCUGUUGAUGGACUGUUAGCAGUACCAUAAAUUCACAAGCAGUGUUUAGAUGUCGGGGAGACAGGGUGGGUGGCAGUAGUGCAGUAGCGGGGGGCUGCUGGAAGCAGUGUCUAAGUGGGUAAUAUUGUCCCCAAGCAGGGCUGAGGAGGGAGACAGGGCGGGGGGCAGUAGUAGGAGCUGCUGGAGGCAAUGUCUAUGUGGGUAAACGUCCCCAAGCAGGGCUUAGGAGGGAGACAGGGUGGGUGGCAGUAGUGGGAGCUGCUGGAGGCAAUGUCUAUGUGAGUAAACAUCUGCAAGUAGGGCUGAGGUGUCAGAGCGGGGAGACAGGGCAGGUGGCAGUAGUGGGGUAGACACGGGGUGGAUGGCAAUAGUGGGGGGAGAUGGGGCGGGUGGUCACAGUGCAGUACCAGGGGCUGCUGGAGACAGUAAAGAGGUGUAUGGGUCCCACACAGAAUCAGUUGAUAAUUAGACCUAAUGAUUAUUAUGCUUAUUUCUAAUUAAUUCCUUGUAUGUGUUACUGUUAUUUGCUAUGUCACCCUUUAUGUAGUAAAGUAGUGCUGCCACCGAUCUCAUAUAAUUUGUAGUAACUUGGAAAAGAUGAGAUAUGAGGUGCACUCUGGAAGCUUAUAGGGGGUUAAUCAGAGAUGAUCGCAGAUGUGACAUCACACAGCCCAAUCCCCCCACCCCCACCACCCCAGGGAAAUGGUCCCGGCCCGCCCGCGUUCACCCCUCAGGGAUGCAACCACAAUGUGUGUCUGUGUGGCCGCUGUGCAUGUGUAUUUUGCCAGCACCGGGUAAACUGCUCGGAGACGCUAUUGCGGAAGAGUCUGAAUGACCCCCAUAGGCUGUUGUGUAGGGUAAAGUAUUUUUUAAGUUUAAAAUAUAGACAAAAAUAUGUGUAUUAAAGAUAUGAAAAAAAGUUGUUUAAAAACAAAAGAUUUCCGGUGUAAUUUUGGCUGUGUCCGAUUUUGACAGCUCAUUUGAAUAGUGGGAUGAUAUUAUGGGGGGAAGGGGUGGUCUCUGUGUAAUUAAUUUUAUCAUUUGUUGGUUUUAAAUAAAUUAUGUCUAUUCAA